UUCAACUGUAAAAACAUAAUAUGCAUGGACAAGGACUAAGGAACAAUAUCAAAUGAACAGUUAAUGACUGGCUGCAACUUGUACAGCAACCAUAAGUACUAAUAGCUCGACUAAUAGUAAUGGAUUAUAUAUAUUCAGUAAUUGACUACUGAAUAAUGUUUAUAUACAUGUAAGCCUACUAGAUACUAACCAGUACUCCAUCCACUUCGUGAUUUGAAAAACCAUGAUCCACUGAGCUGCCGGCUUUCUUGAUGUUUCAGGCUUUCAGCCUCCUGAGCGAGCUCCUGAGUGAGCCUCCAUAGCUCCUUGACAUCCCUCCCCCUUAUUCAUUAAUCAUUAAUUAAGCUAAACUACUUAUUAUUCAUAGUGUCUAUCCCUAAGGAUAGUUUCCAGGAACAGUUACACCUAACUCCGGACAACUAUCCAGGAACAAUAGGAUAACCGGGUGUUCUAUUAGAUCUAAUCAAAAUGGACUACAUUUUCAGACAGCUUAAUACACUUACCAAAACCAAAGGUACCGGUCGUCACUACUCUAUAUCACAGGAAUACUGUCAGGAACUGGGUCUGAAGAAUGUUGCUCUCCGCUCUCACCAACUGGAAGGUCUAAAGUGGUUAUCAGAGUGCCAUGAGAGGGGGCAGCAUGGCUGUAUCUUAGGGGAUGAAAUGGGACUAGGGAAAACACUUCAGUCUAUAGCUCUACUACUUUAUCUACGAGAUGCUUCCUCCUCUCCUUCUCCUCCAUUUAUUGUCAUAUGUCCUCUCUCUGUUGUUAGUGGAUGGGAGAUAGAGUUACAAAGGGCAUCACCUCAGUUAAGAGUUCUUAAUUUUUGUGGAGAUAAAGAAACAAGAGGCUCAAAACAAGAAGAAAUACUUUUGCAUUGUUACAAAGUGAUGUACUAAUUGUUGUUUUAUUAUUGUUGUUAUUACCGUAUGGGGGGUAUAUUUCACGGGGAUUUAAUUUUGCU